CAUUCCCUCAUCACUUCUCUCAUCACCAACCCUAGUUUUGUCUCUGCACACACAGAAACACACACUCUCUCUCUCAUUGCAAACAAGCAACUGCAAAAUGCGUGAGAUCUUGCACAUCCAGGGUGGCCAGUGUGGUAACCAAAUCGGUGCCAAAUUUUGGGAGGUAGUGUGCGCUGAGCACGGGAUCGACACCACCGGACGCUACAAUGGCGACAACGAUCUCCAAUUGGAGCGCGUGAACGUCUACUACAAUGAAGCCAGCUGCGGGAGGUUUGUUCCGCGUGCCGUGCUCAUGGAUUUGGAGCCCGGCACCAUGGACAGUGUUAGAUCUGGGACCUACGGGCAGAUUUUCAGGCCUGAUAACUUCGUUUUCGGCCAAUCCGGCGCCGGAAAUAACUGGGCGAAGGGGCACUAUACUGAGGGGGCUGAAUUAAUCGAUUCCGUGCUUGAUGUUGUGCGGAAGGAGGCCGAGAACUGUGAUUGCUUGCAGGGAUUUCAGGUGUGCCAUUCAUUGGGAGGUGGAACAGGUUCUGGAAUGGGGACUCUUCUGAUUUCUAAAAUCAGGGAAGAGUACCCAGACCGCAUGAUGCUCACUUUCUCUGUCUUCCCAUCGCCCAAGGUGUCAGACACUGUUGUUGAGCCUUAUAAUGCCACUCUGUCCGUUCACCAGCUUGUCGAGAAUGCUGAUGAGUGCAUGGUGUUGGACAAUGAAGCUCUGUAUGACAUUUGCUUCAGAACCCUCAAACUUACCACUCCCAGCUUUGGAGAUCUUAACCAUCUGAUUUCUGCGACCAUGAGUGGUGUGACUUGCUGCCUGCGGUUCCCUGGUCAACUCAACUCAGAUCUCCGGAAACUUGCUGUCAACUUAAUUCCUUUCCCCAGGCUGCACUUUUUCAUGGUUGGAUUUGCUCCGCUCACCUCUCGUGGGUCACAGCAGUACAGAGCCCUCACCGUUCCUGAACUUACCCAGCAGAUGUGGGAUUCAAAGAACAUGAUGUGUGCUGCAGACCCUCGCCAUGGUCGUUAUUUGACAGCGUCAGCCAUGUUCCGUGGGAAGAUGAGCACGAAGGAGGUGGAUGAGCAGAUGAUCAAUGUCCAAAACAAGAAUUCAUCUUACUUUGUUGAAUGGAUCCCCAAUAAUGUCAAGUCGACUGUUUGUGAUAUUCCUCCAACUGGCCUGAAAAUGGCGUCAACCUUCAUUGGUAACUCCACGUCAAUUCAGGAGAUGUUCCGGAGGGUUAGUGAGCAGUUCACGGCCAUGUUCCGGAGGAAGGCUUUCUUGCAUUGGUACACUGGAGAAGGAAUGGAUGAGAUGGAAUUCACAGAGGCUGAGAGCAACAUGAAUGAUUUAGUUUCUGAGUACCAGCAAUAUCAAGAUGCAACGGCAGACGAGGAAGAGGAAGGCUAUGUUUAUGGAGAUGAGGAUGAGUAUCAGGAGGAAUCUUAAGUUUUUGUCUUGUUAUUGUUUGUGGUUCAGCUGUAUUUUAAGGGAUGAUUUACUUGCUUUCUGGGAUUAGGUUGCAAGAGUUCUAAUGUGCUUUUCUUUUCAUUAACUAAUGCUAUCUUGAAUAUCAAUUGAGUUUGUUAGCCAACAGAUAAAUCAUGAAUGCUUUCUCUUUUA